CUAGUUCCGCGCCGGAGCUGGGAGGGGGCUAACGCCGUGCACGGAGGCGCCUUCCCCACAACGCGGCAGACUGGAAUCGACGGUGUUUCCGGGUGCGAUUUAAGACUGUGUGAAGAGAUUGGGGCUUCGGGAGCUCGGGGAUCACCUUCCUUCUUCCUGCGUGGUGCCGCAGAUCAUCAAAGCUGUACAAUGAACACUUAUCUCUUCAUCUAUUAUUUAAUCCAAUUCUGUGGACAUUCCUGGAUAUUUACAAAUAUGACCAUCAGGUUCUUGUCAUUUGGGAAAGAUUCUUUGGCCGAUACCUUCUAUUCUAUAGGACUCGUAAUGUGCCUUUGCCAGUCGUUGUCCAUAUUAGAGCUCCUGCACAUUCUAGUUGGCAUUGAAGAAAACUGUUUUCUCCCAAGGUUUUUACAGAUAACUGAGAGAAUCAUCAUUUUAUUUGUUAUCACCAGUCAAGAAGAAGUUCAAGGGAAAUAUAUUGUGUGUGUUUUGUUUUUCCUUUGGAAUUUACUGGAUGUGGUCAGAUACACUUACUGCAUGUUAUCGGUGACAGGAACAUACUAUGAAGCUUUGACAUGGCUGAACUACACACUAUGGGUUCCAGUAUAUCCCCUGUCAAUUCUGGCUAAAGCAUUUGCCAUCUAUGAAUCACUGCCUUAUUUUGAAUCCUUCGGCACAUACUCCACCAAGCUGCCAUUUCCAGUUGCCUUAUCGAUCUACUUCCCGUACAUACUAAAAACGUACCUGGCAAUGCUGUUUGUAGGUAUGUACUUCAUCACCAGAUACCUCUGCUCAGAAAGGAAAGCUCACCUAGGAGCCAGCUACAUGAAAGAGAAAAGGAGCUAAGUUGAUAUCUUGUCUCAUAAUGAGGAAAAUUCUCUAGAACAAUCUAUGCUAGCACAUUGUGUGGAAAUUUAGACUGGAUUUUCAGAAGUGAUUAGUGAUCUUAUGUGCUCAACUUGGAGCACCUUAGAGGUUCCCAAUUUAUGAGGGCAGGUGCUCCACACUUUCUGAAAAUGAGGCCCUUUAAAGCAUAUCAUAUUGGGCACUCAAACAUAAGCGCCUCAAAUCUCCUGUCGCUUUUUAAAGUCUUGGCCUCAGAAGUUACUCUAUCUUUUUCUAACAUAAAAUGACAGGUUACAAACUGUGGCAAAAAAUGUCAAAUCAUAUCAGCAUUUCCUAUAUUUUAAUAAUGGUUUCCUAUUGCAGCUGUAGCAUGUAUUCUGCAUUUUAUAUCAAAGUAAAAUGUCAAUGGUAUUUUGUUAGUCUAACAGGUGAGAUGAUAAUACAAUGUAAAUCAGAUGUAUGAAUAUCAAAUUUGCUGGAACUGCAACAAAUUAUGAAGCAGAAGCUGGUUGUUCUGCAUUUUGCCACAUUCACACAAAUACCAACAGGUACAACUGUUCACAGAAAACCCAUCCUCCUCCACUCGCCCCCACAUUCUUACAUUUACUUUAAGUGACAAAUGCAGUUACAGUGUCUAUUCACUACAAGUCCUAGAGGGCAUUUAACAUGCAGAAGUAGAAGUUACGAUUCUGAUAUAUUUCCAGUAGACACUAUUGAAGAAUCUGUUUUUCUUAAUAAUCCAGAUUAUUUUGGAACUGAAGAAACAAGACGGACAGACACACUCACUCUUACUUAACUCAUCAAAGUGUGAUAUAGUCAGUCCAAGAAAUACUCUGCCUUUAAAAAUAAGAUAAUGGAUUAUAUAAACUGUGGGCCAAAUCCAAAUUGUUUCACACAUGAGAAUUGUCCCAUUGAUGUCAGUGAGGUUAUUUGUGCAACAAAAGUAAUUAGGAUUUGAUCCUAUGAGGUGGGGAACUACUUACAUGAGAAGAAGCAAGAAAAUAGGAUAGGUUUUCCUGGAGGAUAAACUACUUUUCUGACCGCACAAGUUGCUCAGAAAUAGCCAUAGGCUGACUUGUUCUGCAUUGGUAGUAUUUCCCACCACCCUUUAGGCUUGAAAAAUGAAGUGGAUUAAAGAGUGAAAUAAACACUUCUGGUCAUGAAAACUUUCCUAUUUAAGCCUCUGAAAAAGUAAAACUUAAGUAAGCUUUUGUCUUAAGACAACAUUUGAAUAACCAAUGAGUGAAGAGCAUUUCAAAUUGAUGAUUUAGUGGCUCUAGGACAAGUCCAGAGCCACAGUCAGGCAGCUCAGCUGAAUCUGAACUGCCCCUACCUGUGCUACCAUGGCUACACUGCUAUUUAUGCUUGAACUAGCUUGAGUACAUGUGCAUGAUCAAAAGAAUCACACUCCUAGCUCAUACUGUAGACAUAGCCUUAGACAAGUAUAUUUGUACAUUACCUGGGAACAGUACACUAGACUGAGUACCAUUAAACACUUUGCUUUGGCAUCUAGGUAUUGUGUAUGUUGCUAACAUACAGCACUUUUGGUCAGUAGAUCUCAAAGUGCUUUAGAAAAGAGGUAAAUAUAGUGUUGCUUGUAUUUAAGAAAUAGAGUGAAUAUUGUUGUAAUGUUUAGUUACCAAAGCAAACAAUGUUUUUAACAAUGAUCAUGCUGUCUGUUGAAGGAUGGAUUUAUGGGAUCUGAGCAGGGGAGAAUUCUCUCAGUGCAAGAUCUGAGGAAGACAGAGGACCCUCUUAAGAAUCCUGGGUAGCAGCUGUGCCUGGUGUGGGAAGGGAGUAUCAGAGGCAGGGCUGCAGCAUGUUACCCAGCAGAGAGUCCAGACAGCACAGCUAGCUGGGGACAUGCUGCUGUAAUGUAGACAGCCCACCUGAGGCCACUUCAGCCUCUGAAGCAGUCCAGUUUCACAAGGGCUGAAAAGGUGGGUCAAAAUGAACUUAGCACAGCCCAGAAUCUCCUUUAUAAAGCAUAUCCUGAGAGAGUAAAAUGAUGGCUGAUCCCUAACAGUUGUUGAAAAAUGCUGGUAUUUUCCAUUCUUUUUACAUGGUAUAGUUUGGUCAAAAUUUUCAAACUCAGGUUCCUAAAGUAAGAUGCUUUAAAAGUCUGUUUCAGCACCCUAACAGGCUUAUUUUUCAGCUGAACUUGGCACACACUCCACCAAAUGAAGAGAGGGAGUUGUAGGUAUUGACUGGCUUCAUUCUUAUAUAGGGGCCUAAAUCUGAACUUAAACCAACUUUAGGCAUUCAAAAAUGAAAUUGUUUGCUGAAGUUUGUAGGUGUAAAAAGUUACUGAUUCACAGACCUAUUGUAGCUGCUGGUGUUGGCAAUUAGCUUUACCAUUUAAUUCACUGUUUUUACAUUGAACCAUACUUAUGUGUAAAAUCCCUUCACUAAUAAUGUAUUUCAAUAUGAUAAAUUCAUAUUUACUUAGUGAACAUUAUUUUUAAUUUGCAUUUAUUUUUUUUAAUUUUGAAUUAUAGCAAACCUCUUUUAAAAAAAUCUUUGGUUGAAAAGAUGGAAGUUACUACCAAACCUGAUUUAUCUGCACAUGGGCACCUGGACCAUGUAAAUGGUUUUCAUUUUUACAGGGUAUAUAUCAGUCAACACUGAUUCUGCACUAGCAGGGUGAAAGAUGAUGUAGGCCAGGUGUUCAAAACUCAGAUACUAUGUUUGCAGCUGCAAAAAAGUGUGUUCAGUUAAUCUCAAACUACUCAAAGAAUUAACAAACUGAUUUGAGGAAUCAUGCACUCAUGAUUUAGAUCAGUGGUGCUCAAGCCAUGGCCUGCUUGUAACCCUGUCAGCACACAACUGUGCCCCAUGUGACAUCCUCCGGGCCAUAUACGUAGAGUGUGUGUAGUGGGCGGAUGCAGCCUACAUAACGCAGAGAGCUAUAUAUGCAGCACACAAUUGUAAACAGGAUGAGAACCACUGGUCUAGAUGGUUCUUAAGAAUCACUACUGGCAUGUUAAUACAAAGGCUACAGCUACACUGUGCCCUAGGAGUGUGAUUUCCAGCUCAUCUACAUGUACUUGCACUAGCUCUCAUCAAUAAGAAUGAGAACAACAGCAUAGCUUAGCCACUUGAAACCCACAGGUACAUGUACACAGAGUAGCGGAGCUAUGGCACCAUUGCUUGUGCUGCCAUAGCUACACUACUAUUUAUACUCUCACUAGCUCAAUGAGACCUAAUGUGUACUUGAGCUGGGAAUCACACUCCUAGGUCAUAGUAUAGACACAGCCAAAAUGAAAACACACGUCUUGAGAAUGCAUAUGUCUACUGCAAUAUAAAGCAUACACAAGUACCAUACCAGAUUCUCACUGCUUAAAGGGUCUUGGUUAAAAGAGGCAAAUAGCAGACAUAGAAGAUUUAUUCAUUCACUUUAGCUGUUAAGAAUACUAAACUAGGAUAGUAGUAAGAGAAUAAAUAUACUAGUGAGGCAUAUUAUGAAGAUGAAUACUUAACUGAGAAAACCAUCAUAUAUAGGAUAGCUAAAUUACACACUGCUCAGAUUAAGGUCACUGCAGUAGACACUAGGACCAGUAUGGGAUAAGUUACUCAGUCAAUUACUGGUGACAUUUACCCCAAUGCAGAGGGGCUUCUUCAAGAAUCUAAGUACCAAUUAAAGCUUCUCUUUAAGCUCCAUCUUGUGUGGACCCUUCCAUUGGGGUAUAUUUUUCUUUAUUUAAGUUGAAGACAUAGGCAGCUAAAUUGUGAGGCAUAUGGGUUAAAGGUAAGAAGAGGGACCUGGCCAAAAUAAGAUUCAGAAAGGGGACUUAUAAAUGGGAAGGCACAGAGCCAGGAGGGUAACAUUAGAAAAAGGGAAGAGGGAAAUAAGAUUUCAAUAGCAGGAGAAAUGAAGGCACUUAGAGGGAGGUUAGAAAAUGGGCUCCCCAAUAAGAGUAGCUCCAUAUUCUUGCUGGGAAGAAGAGAAGGAAAGAGAGGAGAAGUCCUGUGUCCUCUCAGAGACACUAAGAUGCUAAGGAGAGAACAGACCUGCCAUCUUCCUUUUAAAACGGCAAAGGUAGAAAAUACCUGCUGUCCUCCCCCCCCCGCUGAAAGUUGAAGGCAUCUAUGUAGGCAGGGGAAGGGUGUUAUUGGAGUGGGAGAUUCGAGGAGAUGGAACAUUCUGGUAUGUAAGGGAGAUGGAUUGUCUUAGGUUUUGAAAAGUAUCCAAGCUUCUGAAAAAUUAUCAAGAUCCCAAUUUUCUGAGGCUCUGAAUUGGAAUAUUCAUGUUUAAAUUAACCUGAAAUUCAUCAAAAUGUAGCUAGCAACACCCAGAUUCCACACUUACCUGGAUAAGUUUCCCUGGUAAAAUUGUUACAAGGUUAGCAGCUAUGCUAUCACAAAAACAGUGUUGUUCAUGAUAUAAUAACAAUGGAUGAUGAAUGCUAUAAUAUGGCGGAAUCAUAAUGUUAACAGAAAUCUUGUCAGUUGAAAUUAAAGCUAAUUAAAAAGCCAGAAUAAAGAAAUGUCUUCUAAUAAAUACACUAUGUCAAACAA